AUGGCUGGUCGAAGGAGUUUAUUGAACCCUCAAGCACCUGAGUAUACGCCUGUUUUCUACACAAACACUGUCAAUAAUCCAACACCUUCUCUUCCCCUCAAUUCUUACCAUUUUCCCACCGGCUACAUGCCUUCUCCCUUUACACCCAUUAAUCAACUAUCUCAAUCACCGUUUUCUGUUCCUCCCUCUCAUUAUCCGGCAACCUCACUUUAUACACCACCGCCUCCGCCUCCGCUUCCGCCUCCACCGCCUUCAUUUCCUGCUGUCGAUCCACCACCGCAGGUGGUUUCAAACUCGCUCUAUACACAUCCGCCUUCCUUUCCUACAGUCGAUGCACCACCGCAGGAGGUUGUACCAAUAUCAUUUACAAGUGAUUCUCCGACUCAUUAUCUUCCAAACUCGCUCUAUACUUCACCGCCUCCAUCUCCUGCCGUCGAUCCACAACUGCUGGAGAUAUCGCGACCAUCGGUAAGACACGCGCCUCGGAACAUUCCUCCUAGGUUGAUGGCUCGUGAAAAUUCUCGACCUCGGCUUCCUAGGAUGAGGAGUGGUUAUGUCCCGAGACAAAGAGGCCGAGGUUUUUCCAGAGGAAGUUGUUCUAAUGACGGUUUUAUGCAAAGGAAAAUGGAAAAUGAAAGGUCUCAAGGUGUUUGUUGUGGAAAGUGGCCACAGAACAAUAAGCUGCAGAAACACGAUGUGAUACCUCUCACUUGGUCCCAAAACAAUACUACUACUGUCAUGAUCAAGAAUAUUCCAUACUCUUACAGCCGUGACAUGUUGAUGCAAUUUCUAGACCAACAUUGCUCAGUGGAAAAUGUAAAGGCCAAUGAUUCUAAUGGACCAAAUAUUAUCUCUGCUUAUGACUUCUUGUAUUUGCCCAUGGAUUUCAAAAAUAAGAGGAGCAGAGGAUUCGCUUUUGUUAAUUUCACAGAUCACGGAGCUGUGUUGAAUUUUUUUGAUGCAUUUGCUAACAAACUAAACGUGUUUCCGGGAUUUCCCAGGAGUGUUAAAAUAGUCGCUGCAAAAAUCCAGGGAAAGGAGGCGUUAGUGAACCGGUUCAAAGAUACGAUGUUUGAUUGUGAAUCAGAAGGGUUUCUGCCUGUAAUUUUCAGUCCUCCAAGAGAUGGUUCUGGGGAGUUGGUGAAUAUGAUCACUGUGGGAAAAUGUAGAGUCACUUCUCCCUCCAACUCACGUUCUCGAUAA